AUGAAGAACAAGUUGAAGUCCCAACAAGCAAUGAGUAAUUUGGACAUGAAACAAAGAGUCCUAACCGCAUUAAACAAAGUCGGGGACCGCGAUACACAUCAAAUCGGAAUCAAUCAGCUUCACGCUAUCCUCACCUCUUUAACUCCUCAAUCCAUAUCCCCAUUCCUCUCAUGCAUACUCGACGUUCAAUCCGAACAGAAAACCCCCAUAAGAAAACAAUGCAUCAAACUCAUGGGAACUCUGGCUGAAGUUUACGAAGCUCUAGUCCUUCCACAUCUCCCAAAAAUGGUUGCCGCCGUUGUUAAAUGCUUUAGAGAUUCAGAUUCUUCCGUCAGAGAAGCGUGUGUUGAAACGGUUGCGCUCAUUGCUUCUAAAUUGGGGAAUCCAAAUAAUGAAGAUAAGGUGUUUGUGUUAUUGGCUAGUCCCAUUUUCGAAGCUCUGGUUGGUGAACAGAAUAAGCAUGUUCAGUCUGCUUCGGCUUUUUGUCUUGCUACUGUUAUUCACAACACACAUUGUCCUCCUGUUUCCAUAUUGCAUAACAUGUUGGUUAGGAUUCUUAAGUUGAUGAAAAGUCCCCAUUUUAUGGCUAAGCCUGCGCUCAUUGAGUUGAAUAGGAGUAUCAUUCAGGCCGGGGGAGCUUCCACGCAAACUGUUUUGACGACUGCUGUUGCGGGUAUUAGGGAGGCCUUGAAAGAUACUGACUGGAAAACACGUAAAGCCGCUUCUGUAGCAUUGGGACAAAUUGCUUUCAGCCGCGGUUCUUUCUUGUCACCUUUAAGGUCUUCUUGUAUUCAUUCUCUUGACUCGUCCAGGUUUGACAAGGUUAAACCGGUUAGGGAUGCUGUUUUGCAAGCUCUUAAAUAUUGGAAAAUACUUCCGGGUCAUUCUACUACCGAGCCUUCUGAAACUGGAUCCUCCUUAAAAGAAAAUGUUAGUGGAGGUGAUUCUGUCGAACUCAGUACUACUACUACUGAAUCUAGACAUAGAGAUGUUAGACUCCAAAAAGGUAAUAUGAAAUUAACUGUGGGAAGGAUUCCUUUGUCUGUAAGAAAAGCAUGUCAAAAUGAUGUUGAACAUCUUCAGCAUCCUAAAACAGAUGAGUGGCAUGUUGAAGUUGCAGUCCCCAGAACACAUUCUGUAGUGGAAUUUCCUAAUGACGAAUUUGAGACUAGUUCUGUCACCAAGCCACUAGAAGCAAUGAGUGCUGAUGUUACAGGCAUGCCGGAUGUGGGUUAUGAAUAUGUGCCUAUGGAUGAUAAGCAGGAGUGCUCUUCUGUUUCUAACUAUGAAACCAAGUUUUUAACUUCCCAUGACUGCUUUAUAAACAAUGGACUACAAAAGCCAAUUAUGAGAAGCCAACGGUUCGGUGAAGAAAUAAAUUGUAAUGAACAGAUGUACUCCAUAAAGAUGCAGAAUCCUAAAAGUUCUGAUUCUACAGUUGCCGAGCCAAGUCCCCAAAUUACACAUGAAUGUUGUUUACAAAGGGCAAAUGAAAUGUCUUGUAUUCGGAAUCAACUUUCAGAUAUUGAAAUCAAACAGGCAAACAUGAUGCAUCAAUUACAGAUUUUUACAACUGGCAUAAUGGAUGCCCUUUCUACAAUCCAAUCAAGAAUGGUAGGCUUGGAGAAUGUAAUUGAUAGAUUAUCUCAAGAAUCUUUAAAAGGAGGAAGACAUUCUUUUUCAGAGAACUCCAAAUUUGUGAGGCAGAGCCAAAAUGUGGCUUCUCCUAGGAUCUCCGUAUCUACGCCAAAGCCAUCUUCAGAAACUAAUACUAAACAAUCUGGCUUGUUUUCAACAAGUGCUGAAAGUUUGGAAAGAAAAUCAUUUUCAAGGAGCCAACCGAGGGUUCAUGCAGGAGAUAGUGUGGAUAAGUGGAAAAGUUACAAAGUAGGGACUGCCCAAAAAUUUCCAGAUGAUAUUAUAAACAGCUUAGGGGAGGAUAGACAGAGCAUGAGUUCUGCUCAAGUGAGUAAGAAUGGCAGUAUCUUUUCCUCUGCUUCCAGAACCAAUUCUAGAAAUGGUUGUCCUGAGGGUAACACAAACUACUGGAAAUGUGUGAAUCGUCUUGUAUGUGAAGGGGAUUUAAACUCUGCAUAUAUGGAAGCGUUGUGUUCCGGUGAUAACCUUAUUCUCGUUGAGCUUCUGAAUAAAACUGGUCCAGUUAUAGGAAGUUUGUCAACAAAAACUGGCAAUGUUCUUCUUAGUACUUUAGCACCAUAUCUUCUGCAAGGAAAGUUUUUUAAUACCAUAAUCCCGUGGCUGCAGCAGGUUGUUGAAUUGAGCACUGUCCAUGGACCAAAUUACAUUGCUCUUUCUAUUGAAGUUAAGGAGCAGCUUUUAUAUGCAAUUGAAGAGGUUGUGAACUUGAAUAUUAUCAGUCACGCCGACAGGAAACGUGCUGCUGAAUUAGCAAUAAAAUUAGAUCAUAUGUGGAGUACGAUUAGUGAAAGUUAA